AUGGUAUUAGCCUCCCAUCACACAGAGAUGAAAAUGCAGCUGGGAUUUGGUGCCAGAGAUCAGUUUGGGAAACAGCCAUCAUACAAUGAACUGAGAAAGAAAAUUUCCAACAGAACCACCCUGAGUGAGUUCCUUCUCCUGGGAUUCUCUGAUGUUCGGGAGCUGCAGAUUUUGCACUUUGUGGUAUUUCUAGUGAUUUACCUGGUAGGCAUGACGAGGAAUCUUCUCAUCAUCACAGCAGUAGCCCUCGACCAAUACCUUCACACCCCCAUGUACUUCUUCCUGAUGAAUCUGUCCAUUAUAGACCUCAGCUCCAUCUCUGUCACCAUCCUCAAAUCCAUGAUCAAUUCCCUCAUGAACACCAGGGUGAUUUCUUAUCCUGGAUGUGUCACCCAAGUCUUUUUCUUCGUAAUCUUCAUUGCAGUUGAUAUUGCCUUACUCACCAUCAUGGCGCACGACCGAUAUGUCACCAUCUGCCAACCACUGCACUAUGAGAGGCGGAUGAACAGGAUAGCUUGUGUCCAAAUGACAGUCAGUGCCUGGAUUACUGGUAUUGUCUACUCUGCAGUGUACACUGGGAACACCUUCAAGUUACCCUUCUACCAGUCCAAUGUCAUCAACCAGUUCUUCUGUGAAAUCCCCCAGCUACUCAAGCUCACCUGCUCUAACUCGUACCUCAGUGAAGUUGGGGGUAAUGCCUUCAUUGUAUUUUUAGUGUUAAACUACUUUGUUUUUAUUAUUGUGUCUGAUGUUCAGAUCUACAAAGCAGUGCUGAGAAUCCGCUCUCAGCAGGGCCGGUGUAAAGCCUUCUCCAACUGCCCGCCUCAUCUCACUGUGGUCUCUUUGAUGUUUCUCACUGGCAUCUUUGAUUACCUGAAACCCACCUCCAGCUCAGCAUCAAGUCUGGACCUUGUGGUGGAUGUUCUCUGUUCCCUGGUGCCUCCAGUGAUGAAUCCAAUAAUCUACAGCAUGAGGAACACGGAGAUCAAAGCUGCAUUAAAUAAACUGAUUGUGUGGAGGUUAUUCACCAAGAAUUAA